GAGAGAGAGAGAGAGAGAGAGAGAGAGAACUUCUCCUCCUCCCUCUCCUUGUUGUCUCGUCUCUUCUUGUCAGUUCGAUCAUGGCGGGGAACGAUUGGAUCAACAGCUAUCUGGAGGCGAUCCUGGACGCCGGGCCCUCCAUCGACGCGGCCAAGUCCUCGCUCUUGCUGAGGGAGAGGGGCCGGUUCAGCCCCGCCCGCUACUUCGUGGAGGAGGUCAUCACCGGCUACGACGAGACUGAUCUCUACAAGACCUGGGUUCGGGCUGCGGCGAUGAGGAGCCCGCAAGAGAGGAACACGAGGCUGGAGAACAUGUGCUGGAGGAUUUGGAAUUUGGCCCGCAAGAAGAAGCAGAUUGAGGGAGAGGAAGCUCAACGUUUAUCUAAGCGUCGUCUUGAACGUGAGAGAGCUCGCCGUGAUGCAACUGCUGAUAUGUCUGAAGACCUCUCUGAAGGAGAGAAAGGCGAGGCUAUUGGUGAUCUAUCUGUUCAUGGUGACAGCACAAGAGGCAGAAUGCCAAGGAUCAGUUCAGUUGAUGCUAUUGAGGCUUUGACUAGUCAAUUCAAGGAUAAAAAACUAUAUAUAGUAUUGAUAAGCAUUCAUGGUCUGAUACGUGGUGAAGAUAUGGAGCUUGGUCGUGAUUCUGAUACUGGUGGUCAGGUCAAGUAUGUUGUUGAACUUGCAAGGGCAUUGGGUUCAAUGCCUGGAGUAUACAGGGUUGAUUUGCUGACCAGACAGAUAUCAGCACCAGAUGUUGAUUGGAGCUAUGGAGAACCAACAGAGAUGUUAACUCCCAGAAGUUCGGACAGCUUUAUGCAUGAGAUGGGAGAGAGCAGUGGAGCUUAUAUCAUCCGUAUUCCAUUUGGACCAAGAGAUAAAUAUAUUCCUAAAGAAUUUCUCUGGCCACACAUUCAAGAAUUUGUUGAUGGUGCACUCGGCCAUGUUUUGCAGAUGUCAAAAGUUCUAGGCGAGCAAAUUGGUAGUGGGCAGCCAAUAUGGCCUGUUGCUAUUCAUGGGCAUUAUGCUGAUGCAGGUGAUUCUGCUGCUUUAUUGUCUGGGGCACUAAAUGUUCCUAUGCUAUUCACGGGCCAUUCUCUUGGCAGAGAUAAAUUAGAACAACUUUUGAAACAAGGGAGGCAAACAAGGGAAGAAAUUAAUGCAACAUACAAAAUAAUGCGUAGGAUUGAGGCAGAAGAAAUAGCUCUUGAUGCCUCUGAAAUCGUUGUCACAAGUACUAGACAAGAAAUAGAAGAGCAAUGGCGCUUAUAUGAUGGUUUUGAUGUGGUAUUGGAGCGAAAGUUGCGAGCUAGAAUAAAGCGUGGCGUAAGCUGUUAUGGCCGUUAUAUGCCUCGUAUGGUUAUUAUCCCGCCUGGUAUGGAGUUCAAUCAUAUUACUAUACACGAUGGUGAUGUGGAUGGUGAAUCAGAAGGAACUGAUGAAAAUUCAGCAGUGCUUGAUCCACCAAUUUGGUCUGAGAUAAUGCGAUUCUUUACAAACCCUCGCAAGCCUAUGAUUCUUGCACUCUCAAGACCAGACCCUAAAAAGAACAUCACAACACUAGUGAAAGCUUUUGGUGAAUGCCGCCCACUAAGAGAGCUCGCAAACCUUACACUUGUAAUGGGUAAUCGUGAGGAUAUUGAUGAGAUGUCAAGUACAAAUUCUUCAGUUUUGACUUCCAUAUUAAAGUUGAUUGACAAGUAUGAUCUUUAUGGCCAAGUGGCAUAUCCGAAACAUCACAAACAGGCUGAUGUUCCAGACAUUUACCGUUUGGCAGCAAAGACAAAGGGUGUUUUUAUCAAUCCAGCUUUCAUCGAACCAUUUGGCCUUACCUUGAUUGAGGCUGCAGCAAAUGGUCUACCUAUUGUGGCUACAAAAAAUGGAGGCCCUGUUGAUAUACAUAAGGUUCUUGACAAUGGUAUGCUGGUUGAUCCCCAUGAUCAGCAUGCAAUAGCUGAUGCACUCUACAAGCUUGUUUCUGACAAGCAGCUCUGGACACGGUGUCGGCAGAAUGGUCUGAAGAAUAUUCACCAGUUUUCAUGGCCAGAACAUUGCAAAACUUAUUUAUCAAAGAUAGCUUCUUGCCGACCAAGGCAUCCUCAGUGGCGAAGGAGUGAAGAGGGCAUCGAAGAUUCUGAACCGGAUUCACCAAAUGAUUCCCUGAGAGAUAUUAAAGACAUAUCUUUAAACUUGAAGCUUUCGUUAGAUGGAGAAAAAGGUGAAGAUGACAGCGCCAUAGGCAAAGCAUUAGUUUCUGAAGAUGUCACUGCUAAUGGAAAGAGUAAUUUGGAGACUGAUAUUGUAAAAUUAUCAAAAGGUGUUACGAGUACUACCCAGAAGGAUGGGUCCAGUGAGAGAACUGAUAACUAUUUGAGCAAGCUACCAAUGUUGAGGAGAAGGAAAUAUAUUUUUGUAAUUGCUGUGGACUCAGUUUGUGAUGCAGAUCUUGUUGGAAUAAUCAAAGGUACAUUUGAGGCUUCAAGUGGGGACAGGAUGUCUGGUUCUAUAGGAUUUAUAUUGUCAACGAGAUUAACGAUAUCGGAGAUACAUUCUCUUCUCAUGACUGGAGGCAUACCUGCUACUGAUUUUGAUGCUUUUAUAUGCAAUAGUGGCAGUGAUGUCUAUUAUCCAUCUUCAAGUUCUGAUGAUCUUCUUUACCCUUAUGAACUUCCUUAUGCACUUGAUAUAGAUUAUCAUUCACAAAUUGAGUAUCGGUGGGGUGGAGAAGGUUUGAGAAAGACUUUGGUUCGUUGGGCUGCAUCAAUUACUGACAAGAAAGGAGAAAGUGAGGAGCAAGUUGUUGUUGAAGAUGUGGAACGCUCUUCUACCUAUUGUUAUGCAUUUCAAGUGAAGAACCCAUCAUUGGUUCCUCCUAUAAAGGAGCUCCGGAAGCAUAUGAGAAUCCAGGCACUUCGCUGUCAUGUCCUAUAUAGCCAUGAUGGUAGCAAGCUGCAUAUUAUCCCAGUCUUAGCUUCUCGAUCCCAAGCGCUAAGGUAUUUAUUUGUUAGGUGGGGCAUAGAGCUCUCAAACAUGAUAGUAUUUGUUGGUGAAAGUGGUGAUACAGAUUAUGAAGGAUUACUUGGUGGAGUGCAGAAGACUGUCAUUUUGAAAGGUGCAUUCAACACUGCUCCAAGCCAGGUCCAUUCGACCAGAAGCUAUCUGUUGAAAGAUGUUGUGGCAUUCGACAGCCCUAAUAUUCUUCAGAUUGAGGGUUGUGGCACCAAUGACGUUCAGUCAGCCCUAAAACAGCUGGGUAUACUGAAGAAUUAGCACUCAUCUGCAGACACAGGAGGAGAGUUCAGAGUUUUCAAUAAGUUGCAGAAGUUUUUACUGAUAUUUUUGAAAUAUAUUCCUUUUUCGAGGUGGUUUUUAUGGAAUAAAAGUACCAGAACUCAAUGCUUACAUGCUACCAUGGAGCAUUCUUGUAAAUGUAAAACAAAUACCUGACACUCUCUUGUGGAACAUUUGGACUUCAGUCCAUGUCUUCUGUACUUCAUCCUGCUGCUUGCCUAUCUUAUAAAGCCUGGCUUUGUAUUA